UCAAACCUUUUACCGCGUUUGUCUAAUAGAGUGAGUACUUCUAGAAAAGUCACGACAUUCACCACACAGUGCGAAUACAGUUAUGCGUUAAGUGUUUCUAUACGAUCUUCAGUUGAAAUAGUUUUGCUCUAUUUUAAGCCCAUCAAUUUGAAACUCUAAAAACAUGUCCUCUAAUUAUUCACAUUUGUCUAUUUUUAGGAGUAUUCAAUGUAUUUGAUGGCAAUGUCCAUUUUUAUUAUGCGGCAGUAUUUCAGUUUUUUGUCAGACUAUUUGCUUGAAUUCUUUUUGACAUUCGAUUUAUUGUGUUGUUAUUCUGACGUACAAUAUUGUCAUUGAUAAUUAUUUACGGCUUUUGAAGAUUUUGUGUCAAUGUAGUUCUGAGCUUAUUUGUUUGUCUUAUUCGAGUAGAAGAGUCGUUUUCUGCACAUUAACUGUGCAACCUCUCUAUCGACUGCGUGAUGACAUCAUCACCUUUUCCUUGACUUCCUUGUAAUCAUUCACCACGGAAAUGACAGACUUCUAAAAGAGAUAAAAAUGAUGUGUUACUUGUUUUUGCGCUAUUCUGGAAUGGUUUAAAGUUGUUAUUGUGCUAAAAUCUAAUAUGAAAUGAUGUUUACUUAGCGUGUUUGCUUACCAAGCUAGCAGCCUAUAACAUUUCAGUUUGGUUAGUUGAAUUCCGACUGGAUUUGACUAAGUAAACGUUGAGUAUUCAAAUUGCUUUGUUGGACAGUCAUCAUCGUCGGGACUCAAGUGUAACUUGUAUUUUUGGAAUCUUGUGUUGAUUCUCAUUACUCUUGGUCACAUCUGAAGCUAGUUUUGAUCUAACGUGAAAUUGAAGRWAGUCAAGCAAGCACUGACAUAGAACUGUCUACAUCACAUCAUUACAUUGAAGGUGACGUUUCGGAGUAACUACUGUGACCUGCUAAAAGAAGAACGUUCUUGGAUGGAAGCUGAUCGAUUUAAUACUCAUUGCACUUUUUCACCACUCUUUUAACCUGUUAUACUACCAAGUCAACGUUUAAUAGUUGUACUUCUCUGAAAAUACUGAGUUUUGAGAGUUUCACCAUGGUGCUAGACUUAUAAAGCUUUUGACUUGUUGUCUGACUCAACCAAUUAUUGAUUUUUGGAGAGCUUUUUACACCCAGACAUAGUAACCAAUGAAAGAUACACUAUGCUACGUUAAUAGUCCUCGAUAUUGUACAUAGUUAACAAACCUACAGCAACAACCCGCUUCAAUGGCAACUCGUAGAAGUGACUAAAAUUUUGUCGAGGAUCAAACUGGAAUCCACGACUUUUUAAACUUUAUUCGUUAUGGGCUCAAAAUGAAACGCCAUGUUAUCAGCAACAAAUCUCCUACGACCACCCCUAAGGGGAAUGUCUUUGGUGUUAACAGCUGGGCCCACUAUCGACAAGGUGUUGCCCUUCAGUGUAUGGGUCGCCAUGCCGAAGCACUCGCUGCUUUUUCCACUGCACUUGCACAAGACGAGAAAAGCCCGCAACUCCUCAACACGCUUUAUGAUGCUGCUAUGAAAUCYCCUUUGAAAGAAACACUCAUCCCGAUAUGCGAACAAUUGAAAACAAUGAAAUUGGACCGAAAUCCCUUCGUUAUGAUCUCGGUCAUUGGCCAAGAGUUACUGUCCAUCGGUCAUAUCGCUGUUGCUGUAGGAUGUUUGGAAGCUGCUCUCAARAUAGGGACAUGUGGUCUACGGCUACGUGGCUCGGUAAUUUCAGCAUUAAGUACGGCUUACUGGAAGCUUGGAAACAUUGUCAAAGCAGAGGAGUACAUGAAGCAAGACCUGGAGACUUCACAGUCGUUAGGAGACAAGGCAGGAGAAUGUCGAGCUCACGGUAAUCUAGGUGGUGCUUAUUAUGCACAAAGGGAUCUUGAGAAGGCUUUAGARCACCAUCGUCAGCAGCUUGCUAUCGCCAUGAAACUAAAAGACCGUAAAUCUGCUGCCCUAGCGUUGAGUUCUCUUGGUCACGUGAGCGUCGCUGACUGUAACUACACCGAUGCGUUAUCCAAUCACAGACAAGCAUCUGUAAUGUACAAGGAACUGGGAGAUCGAUUAGGAGAAGCGCGCGAACUUGGUAACGUCGGGGCGGUGUAUGUACUACAAUCACAUUUUGACGAUGCGAUUCGCUGUCAUCACGAACAUCUUGAGAUCGCUGUUGACGUUGGGGACAAAAGUGAAGAGGGACGAGCUUACAGUAACUUAGGUAGUGUAUACCAUUGCAAGAGAGACUAUGAAAAGGCUAUUCACUAUCAUAAAUUAGUACUAGAUAUCGCUAAGAAGACUGAAGAUUUUGCGAUGGAAUCACGGGCUUAUGCCGGUCUUGGUCACGCCUACAGAUGCAAGGGGGACAUUGACGAAUCUCGCGCUUACCACGAGAGACAACUGGAGGUGGCCGUGCGCUCCAAAGAUCGUGUAACGGAGGGUAGAGCUCUUUCAAACUUAGGAAUUAUCUUACAGCAACAAGAACAGUAUGUACAAGCACUAAAAUUACACAAAGCACAUUUAGCAAUAUGUAAAGAAACAGACGAUAGAGCGGGACAAGGCCGUGCCUAUGGAAACAUGGGCUGUGCCUACAGUGCUCUUGGUAGAUACGAUCAAGCUAUCAAAUUCCAUAAACAAGAAUUGUUGAUAUCAAGAGAAGUUAAUGACUACGCGUCGGAAGCGUGUACACACGGUAACCUUGCAGUAGCAUAUCAGGCAACGGGUAGCCUUGACAAGGCUCUUAAACAUUAUCAACAACACUUAGCUGUUUCUGUAAGCCUCAAGGAUAGAACUAAUGAGAGCACAGCUUUGUUCAAUCUUGGGAAUUUCUACAGCUCAUGUGGUGAGUUCAAUAAUGCAAUUCCUUAUUACCAGAAAUUCCUUCAUCUCGCGAUACAAGUCAAGGACUCYCUGGGUGAAUGUAAGGGAUGUCAAAAUCUUGGAUUCGCAUACUUUUCUCUUGGAAAUUACUCAGAGGCAGUGAAAUACUACGAGAGAAACAUAACACUGGCUAAAGACCUUGAUGAUCGGACUAGUCUAGCACGAGGUCAUUGUAAUAUUGGACUUGCGCUCAGCGCAUUGGGGAAUUACGACAGAGCUUUAGAUUAUCAGAAUUUAUUUUUGCAAAUUUCAAAUGAAUUAGAAGAUGUGGAAGGAGUUUACAAGGCUUACGGGAAUAUCGGUGAUAUCWACAUGAAUUUACCGGACAUACGAAAGGGAAUCACGAAUUACAAGGAACAAGUUCGACUGGCUCAAUCUAUGAAUAAUGUUAGUUUACUAGGCGACGCCUAUGGUGUUCUUGGCAGUGCUUAUAGGACGGCUACAGAAACAGGUCUUGCACUCGAUUGCCAUCAACGAGAACUCAAAAUUAGAAAAGAAUCCCAAGAUUCUCUGGCAACCUAUAGAGCAUUUGGAAACCUGGGCUCGACUUACGUAGCGAUSRGUCGUUAUGGCGAUGCUCAUGAKUGCUACAAUGAACAGCUUGUCAUUGCUAAUGAUUUACGAGACAUUACUCUGGAGGUGGAGGUCUAYGGAAAUUUAGGAUUAUGUCAAAUGCGUUCUGGUAAUAGCCACGAAGCUCUCGGUUACUUYGAACAUCAACUCUCCUUACUGGAACAACAACCAGAUGCCUUCCUGGAAAUUGCACGUGUCUAUGGCAACAUUGGAGAAUGCCACCAUCUUUUAGGACAAAACGUGGAAGCCGUUARGAACUACGAGAAGUAUUUGUCAGCUGCACUACAAUCUGACAUCACUGCUGACCAGGAUAAGGCAUAUCGUGGACUCGGUAACGCGCACAGAGCUAUGGGAAGUCUACAAGAAGCUUUGGUUUGUUUCGAGAAAAGGCUUGUUGUGGCGUACGACUUGACGAAUGUCGCGUCUAAGGCUACGGCAUACGGAGAACUCGGCAGUCUUCAUAAAAGUCUUAGUAACUAUGACCAGGCAUCGACGUGUUACGAACAGCAGCUUGUGUUCGCGCGAGAGUGCGGUGACGUUAAUGGCGAGGCGGAUGCACUUUGUGGCUUAGGUCUUGUCAGUCAAAAGGUUGGAGACUAUGACAAAGCUGUGAAGUAUCACGAACAGGAAUUGAUAAUAGUUAGUAAACAUAAUGACAUCAGCCGCAAAGCCCAAACCUACCACUAUCURGGAACAAGUCACGAGGCUUUAGGUGACUAUAAACAUGCUAUCAUCUAUCAAGAGGAACAUCUUAAGCUAGCCACUAAGAUAAACGACCAGKUAGCCGUAAGUCAAGCUUAUGUAAGUCUUGGCAGAGCAUAUCACGGUAUGAACAACUACUCCAAAGCUAUCUCGUACCUAAAGCAAGGUCUAAUCAUCGCUGAUAGUUUGAAGAGAUACGAGGACGAGGCCCGUAUAUGUCAUAGGCUUGGACUCUCCUUAUUGGCUGAUAAACAAUUGGAAGCUGCGCAUGAUCAGUUAAAACGAGCUUCUGAACUGCUGGAAAACAUUCGUCGUGAUGUCAUUAACAAUGGUGAGUUUAAGGUUUCUCUGUWUGAUUUACAGUCGGCUUGUUAUCAAGUACUGCAACGAGUGCUCGUUGAAAUGGGUCGACAUGUUGAAGCACUUGCUGUAGCUGAGAAAGCACGGACUCGGAGUUUUAUUGAUUUGUUGCUAGAACGACAGACAGUUGCAAACAUCAACAAACAACAGCUAGAACAGGCAUUUAACACAGGAGAACAUAUUAUGGACUUUGUGAAAGGGCAGACGUCAACGAUACUAUACUACUCGAUYGCCGCUGGGCACUUAUACAGCUGGCUCAUGGUGCCUAAAGAGGGUUUGGUCAAGUUUCGUGAUAGUCUAGUUAUUGAUGGAGAUUCUGAUGACACCAUUAUAGACUUAGAACAGAGCUCGAGUGCUGAGUAUUCCCCAACAUCGUCUUUACUUGACUCCUACAUUACUCAGGUCCGUGAUGCUUUAGGCGUUGAACCUCACCUCAAUCGCACYGAUAACGAGCUGGAGGAAUCCUUGGAUCAGGACAAUGUGUUGGGUAUCUCGUCUUUACGGUCUUAUUUGUCAGCGGAUGAAGACGAUGAUACCAUGAGCAUUACSUCAACCCCAGGGAGGCCCGGAUCGUUUUCACGACAUAGAAAUGUGAGGGGUAGUGUAGGGAAGCUGAAUGGUGUYCGAUUCAGUGGUCGUGGAAGAUCAAGUAAGCCACCUUUGCGUGCUUUGUAUGAACUUUUAAUCGCACCAAUGGAAGAUGUAUUGCCUACAUCGACAACAUUCGACAACGAAGGAUCAGAGUUGGUGUUAGUGCUAGAAGGUGAUCUUAACCUCGUGCCAUUCUCAGUGCUACGUGGAAGUUUAUCAAAAGAGCCAUUGUUUCGUCGCUUUCGACUUACCGUUGUCCCUUCUCUAGAUGUGCUAUAUAAGAGUCGAGAUAAGAUGCACAAAGAUCGCCCAUCAAAAGUCGACCUUUCAUCAGCGCUUAUUGUAGGAAACCCUGUUAUUCCUGUAACCUUUGGACAAUGGUCGUCUAACCCUAGCGCUGAGCAUGAGGCGAAAAUCGUCGCUGAACUGUUCAAGAGUAAACCACUUUUAGGUGGUAAUGCUACAAAAAACACUAUCAUGAAGCAGCUUCCUACAUCUCAAUGUGUCCAUUUCGCUACUCAUGUGUCGUGGAAACUUGCAGCUUUGGUUUUGUCGCCAACUUCCUCAGAAMAGAAGCCGUCGUCACCACGUAUGAGUCCUGAAGGCCUUGAACUACUUGACGAAACGGAAGGUGAUGCUCCAGCUUUGUCAGAUUUCUUGCUAACAGCCGCUGAUAUCCUUGAUCUGCAAUUAUCAUCUAAACUUGUCGUUAUUGGUGCAGCUUACGACCACUCCUCGAAGAACCGAAUAACUUCCGACGGACUGAUCGGACUGACUCGUGCCUUUCUCGCAGCCGGUGCCCAAAGUGUUCUUGUUGCUCUGUGGCCAGUACCUGAUUUAGCYUGUAAGCUAUUAUUGAAAGCCUUCUAUGGAGGACUUCUAAAAGGGUUGACWGUCAGCCACGCCCUCAGUCAGGCAAUGCACGUUGUUCAGAAAACCAAGCAAUUUUCUCAUCCUUCAAACUGGGCUGGGUUUGUUCUCAUUGGUGGAAAUCCAGCUUUAACCAGUAAAGAGAUCAGAAUGGGAAAUGCUUUUGGUCUUCUUCUUAAUAACCCUAAAUUCUACAGAGAAGCUAUGAAAGUACUUGUGCACCUUGUUGACAAAGCUCUGCAGCGAAUUCGUCAYGGUCAGCGGUCUUCCAUGUAUACAGCKGAAGCGAGCAUCGACGCUAAAGUCAAAGGAGUCAAAGGCUGGCGUGAACUUYUGUCAUCAGUAGGAUUUAGAUUUCAGACGGCUAAGAAUUCACUUCCCGAUUCAGUAUUCUUUCCCUCAGCGACUGAAGGAUCGAAGGAGCGGAUGACAGUAGCAAGCAACCACCUUCACGCAUUUCUAGGUCUCAGUCCUGCCACCUUACAAGCUCUUGCCAAACUAGCGUACACCAAUGAUGUUAAUGUUGCGCUAAUAAACCUGCUCAACGAAGUUCUCAAGUGUUUCUUUAACAACAUGGCGAACGUUCAAGUCCCACUCAAACUGAAAUUAUGGCGGACUUUGGGAUGCCACGARUUGCUGGCAUCACUGGGAUUUGACUUGGUUGGUGUUGGGAAGGAAGAGGUUAUGCUGAGAUCAGGCAAAGCUAACAGUAGACGAGCCUUGCAGUGCACAGUACAAGCUUUGUGUGCUUUGACAGAUACUGCCAACCCACUUGACUCAGAAGAACCCAACUUUGCACUGAUGGGCAAGUCUCACUCCUCGUCGACAGUCAUGUCAAACUUAUCAUUCAUGUCAGCGUCCUUAGGGUCAGAUCUUGACAUGCGCACUAAAAGCGCGGAGGAUUUGAAUUUUCUCAACAGAGAACGUCGCCUUGGAAGUUCAGGUUCUCGUGUUAGUACAACGGGACGCCCACGGCGUAACUCUCAUCGUAGCUCCACCGAAGCCUUGAUGCGUUCAUUAGCAGACUUGGAAGCAGAAUCGUCGGUUGAUCCUGACGAUAACGUUUUGUCAGCAUCCCCCAKUGAAAACAGACCACAAACAUUUCCUCCCAAUGUUAACAGACGAACCUCUCAACGAAGUGUGUCAAGUAUUAAUGUUAGUGGAAUGAAGGUAUCCUCAGUUGAUGUUACACCACAACCUCCUCGACAAGGCAGCCCUGGAUCAGAUAACUCUGACAUGGACAGCUAUUCUGACAUUACGAYCCAACAAACACKUGAUAAAGGAAGCCAAGGAGAGGCUUCCAAGGGAAGGGGUUUAGUGCUGCGUAAAACGCAUUCUUCAUCCAGUAGCGAAUCGUCCACCGGUAAACCCGAGGAGAACAGUAGCAAAACACCAGGCAGUAUAAGUCAAYUGUACACACAACAAAAUAAUGUCAGUUCAUCAAAGCGAGGCCCACUAGUCGAUGGUAACAUKAAGACAUCAACACCAARUCUACAUGACCAGGAACCAAGACCAAAGCACUCACCAGUGAAGUACAGGUCAGAGGGGAAUCUGUCAUCUUAUUACAAUCCUAUACACUCUCCUCCUUCAAACGGAUUAUUAACUACUUUACAUGACCAUACUGUGUUGACAAAUGGCGAUGUACGAAGAGAAACCUCRUUACCAAUAGAUGGAYCAUCAGUAAAUCGACCAGCUCUAAGACGACUCUUUGGAUCCCAAGAGAAACCUAAAGUCAAUGGUAUUGCUGAAACCAACAGUUCAAGAGAUCGUAAAACUAASGAUGAUGAAAUGUUAUAUAAUCAAAAGUCAUACGCUAGUAGUUUACGUAAUAUAUCAGGAUCCAGCGAAUACUUACCUUACACAUCGCCUGCUCGACCUGUCACUACCCCGCAAAUGACCUACACGGACAGAACGAGAAAACCUAAGGGUGUGGCUCAAGAUUUAUCUGUUCRUAUACCCAAAGACUCUUACUCAUCCAAGAGURACUCGAUAGAGUCGCUUACUAAUAGACAGAUUGCUGCUGAAAAUGCAGCGGCGGCUCUCAUGCAAAACCAUCGUGGUGGCAAACAGGCAUCCUCGUCAUUAACCAGAGAAAACCUGGCUAUGAAAGACUUUCGCGAUAAGGGUACUUCACAUGUCAAGUUAAAACACGAUCACAUCGCCAAUUUAGCACAUCUACAUUCYUCCUCCUGCUAGAAUUGUUAUCACCAAUUGUUACCAAAGAAGAAGAAGAUUCAAAUUAUUGUUGGUAUUCAGGGCAAGUCAUUGUCGAACCAAAAUCAAAUGUGAUAUUACACUCUAUUUUUGAAAURGAAAACGUUUAUAGAAAGAUGAUUUCAGAUUUAUUAGCCGAAGAUUUUUGUACUGAUUAUCAAAGUUAGGUAUAAUGGAAUUAGUAUUCUAAUAUAUUGCAACACGAGUGGAAAUAAUUUGCAUAUSAAUAUUAUAAAUAUCGAGUAUUAAUUUCCCAAAAUGCGUGAAUGUCCUUCUUUUAAAUUGGUUUUAGUAUUUUACAAACAAUUAAUUGUGAUUGAGAUUUUUAAUCAUUUUGAUAAUUAUCAUGAAUCUGCUAGUGAAAGAYAAGAUAACAUGAGCCGCUGUGCAGAGGUUAUCUUUGCAAUUGACGUGAUGUAUUUUAUCUGUUACAGUGCAAUUACUUCAACUAUUAAACCUAAAAUAAUUCCCAAAUGAACGAGAGGCUGGGUUUUAUUUUCUGAACUGAAUUUGUUCGGAAGGUUUGKUUGGUUAAAUGAAUUGCACUGUAAAAAGGUUUGAUUGUUUUAGUAUUUGCUACCYGUAGAUAGCAGUAUAUGCACUUUUCCUGGGAAUCUUUAACCAGGAUCUAUAGCCGAUAUAAUCGAAGCUGAUAGCCUGCUUGGCAGACUAUUAAAAUAUUUAUGUUCGACAAUCUCAAUGAAUGUUUUCGAGCAUGAAUGAUAUAGUAUGCAAAGCAGGUUACGACGCUGACAUCUUUCCCCAAGAAAUAGAGAAAGAAAAAACAAGUUACGUCUCUAUUUUAUCUCUUGCCUCAGAAAACCCCAUGAGCUUUGUAAAAUGUUAUCGCACUUUGAUGAUAGCAGGCAAUACUGUGAUCAUCRUUAACAAAUUUGUACUUUGACAUCUGUCAAGGCUUUUAAUCGACUUCACUGAUGUUGUGUCUGUUUCAUGGAGCUUAUUUUUAUUUUCUAUUUAUUCUCAAAUUUUAAUCAUAACAGAAGUAUUUUAUAUUAUAACAUGAUCAUGUAAAUAGACCUUUAUAAAUAUUUUCUCACAAAACCUUUUUAAUAAAUAUUUCAGCCGCUAUCAAACGAAAACUAGUUUGUGUUGUAUUGAAAGGAGUUUUCUGUUUUUAAAGGGACAUGGUCCACC